UUCGGUAGAUUUUUGCGAUCUACUAGCAGGGACACUUGUCAAAAUGAGUGGCCCAAAGACUAUUAGUAUUCACGAUGUUUCGGAGACGGUAGCGACAUUCAGUCGUACGCUCCAAAAUGGUACCAAGCUUGAAUAUCGCAUGCAGGUUCUCCAGCAGCCCGAGAGGGCGAGAGCCUGCGGGCAAGGAGCGAAGUGUUAGUGUCUCAAUAUCUGGCAGUGAGGGGUAGUUUGCUGAUUGGUUUACUGGAUAUAGCGCACGCGGACCGUAGACCAGUUGAUCCUCCGCCGGUCGUGGAGUUGAGAUUAUUCGAGGGACAUGAGAAGACUGACGUGUAUGUUGAAUAUAUGACCUGUUUUGUGAAAACUUGGCUAAUAACGAUGGUGUAGGACCUUUUCCCAUAACUCCAACUUUUUCCUGUUCGCUACGCUAGAACAGGCGCGCCCCAUCGCUCAAGGAAGAGGAAUGCCAGCUCCGGCCCCGGCCCCCGUUUUGACGGGUGUUCCAGUUUCUGGUAUGGCGUACUUGGACCGCCCCAAUCCGGCUGGAUAUUUCAUCUUUCCGGAUCUUUCCGUUCGGCAUGAGGGAAAAUACAGGCUCAGGUUCGCCCUUUACGAGGAGACUAAGGAAGAGGAGGGAUAUCCUGUUCCACAGGACCCACUGGAGCCAAGGGAAUAUUGUACUCACAGGCUGGAUGUUAAAUCCAAGGCAUUCACCGUUUUUUCUGCCAAGAAGUUUCCUGGGUUGGCGGAGAGCACUGCUCUAUCUAGGAUCGUGGCCGAGCAGGGUUGCCGCGUGAGAAUUAGAAGGGAUGUUAGGAUGAGAAGGAGGAGCGAUAGGCCUAGCAGGGAUAGUGAGGACCGUCAUAUGGAUGAGACCGCUAUGUUAAGGGCGUCGAGGAGGGCUGCUACACCAGACCAAUAUGAUAUCGAGAACUCAAUUAGGGCGCAGCAUACGCCGCAAUACCAUCAGCCUACGCCUCACCCAAUGCAGCGUUCUAACUCCAUUAAUCGGAAGAGAAGUGGAUCUGAUGCCUCCAUGAUUUCCUCCAUGGGAGAUAUGCCACAUGCUCCAAGACACGAAAAUGGAUACUCAACUCCCAACCAAAACUAUCCUCCAUAUGGACCUCCAGCAGGGCCACCACCAUCCCAGAGCGCGCAUCAACAUCUAUCCUUUGGAAGUAAUGGUCAUGCUCCUGCACCACCCGCACCACCCGCACCUCAUGUUCAUGCACCGCAAGAACUCUAUGGGCCGGAUAUCCAAUCUCGUUAUCCUCCACUACCCCAUGCGCAAAAUGGUGUGCAUCAUCCAGCUCCUCAUAUGCCCCCGUCUGCACGCUCACAGCAGGGCCCGUAUGGCGCACCCGUACCGUAUCAUUCACGUGAGAACUCGAUUUCGUUGCCCAACCAGCAAGUUCAGCAACAACCCAGACAUGAACCCCAUCAUGUUAGACGUGACUCUGGUGAAUUCCGUGCAAGGAGGGAUUCAGAUCCUGCUUACCGCCAACAGCCUCCUCAACAUUAUAGGCCUGGAACGCCUGCAGCGUCUCCAUACAAUGGUCAGAUGGAGAAUGGUUACGGCCAUCAGCAGCAGCAGCAACAACACCAGCCUUACCAACCUGGUCCUCCUGCCUCCCAACAGUAUCACCACCAACAGCCUCAGCCUCAGCCACAACAGCAUGCACCACCUCCACCUCAGUCUGCGAAUAACUCACUUCCUCCCCUCCGGUUGCCGGCAUUGGGCUUGCCAGCAUUGGAGCCGAAACUUUGGAACAAUCAACCUACUACUCCGAACUCUACAAAUCCUCCUGCUCCUUUGCCUUCACCCAGCGCUUAUCCACCUCAUACAAAUGCGCCUAUGCCGUCUCAAAGGCCUCCCCCGCCCCAGAUGUCUCAACCUCCACCACCGCCGAAUCCAAACCAGUUCCCUGCCUAUUACCCCGAGCCAAAGUAUACUACACCCUCGGCUCCAUCCAACGAUUCUUGGGGAUCCUCCAAUAGCAGUGCGCCCCCGAAGGAGUCCGAAGGUAGAGGCACUAAGAGGCCUUGGGGACGGGUGUUCAACAAUGCGCAUGUUGAAGGUCCAAUGCAGAACCGUUCUAGACCCUCUUCGAACUCUGCUGCCUAUGGAAGCGACCCCCCACCAUAUGCUCAACAGGCUGAGGUUGAUGACGAUGCCUACGAUUUUGGUAAGCUGAAGAUGAGCUACCGCCGCGCCGAUGGUGUCGAGAUUGUUCGCAGGCUGCCUGGAGAAGAUUAAACAUUAGCGAGUGGUAUCUAAGCCCGUUUUAAUGGAUUUAAUGUUCCAGCGUGCAUUGUUUUGGCUUGGUCUGGAGAUUUCUGAUUUUGCAUGUGUUCUUUUUAUGAUAUCCCAGUUUGCCUGGUUGGCGACUUUGACUCUUUUUCCCUUUUUUUCUCUUUAGUAUAUUUGCUUGGUUUGAGUACGGAACUGUACAUUGGAAUCGUGGGGGAAAGCUCGUUUCGGGUUAUGGAUAACAUCAGUCGGGAUCUGACAUUCUCCUACGAAAUCGUCAGCUACAUUACAAUCUUUCUUGCUCUCUACGUUUCCUUGCGAAUUCUUCCCUGUUUUCUUCACAUGUCCAUAGGAGGCUGUUUUAUUUUUUCGGGUUGAUAUUUUUUUUCUUGCUUCUCUCGGAGAUUGUUUGUAUCACGACUAUGAGUGUGCUUCUAGUCUCUAUUUGUCUUAUUAACUCGAUUUUUUCCUUGUCUCGCAAAACAGAGUCCCCCCCUUUUUUUUCCAUCCGUUUCUGUUUUUGUGCCUUUUCUUUGAGCUGGGUUUCCUUGGGGAGGAAAAGAGAACUGGAUGGGGGCAGCAAGUAGCAGUUUAAAACUUGUCAUUACCAAAUUUCUUGCUAGUAUGUUUGCGUGAUCUUUUCAAGUUUUGGGAGCGGGGGGAGUUUUGCUUUUAUGAAUCUUUUUUUCAGGGUUCCGUUUGGAUACUCAUGACCCAUAAUUUAUAUCAUACCGUGGAAUCUUUUGGUUCGAAUUUGGUAUUAUUGUCUCAUGGGUUGAUCUGUAAUAACGGCCGUUCAAUUUCGUUGGGGGGAAUCAUGUUAGAAAAUUUGGGAGAGCCCCAGGUUUCAUUAUUUGGGGUGUCGAAGCUUUUUUCUUGUCUUGUAAUUCCCCUGAUCAAGUAUGAUAAGUUUCUUUUUGUGCCUGUUUUAGGUUUCUUUUUGUUUCGCCCCCAUCCUGUAUUCAAGUUUAAAGGGAAAAGAAAUACUU